GUUAAUAUAAUUUCAUAAAUUAAUCCCUAAAGGUAAAAAAAUCAAAUAGAGAAUUGAAGUCAAGACAUUAGAAGUUUUUGUUGGGUGUGUGUGUGUGUUUCUGGAGAAGUUUUGAAUUUUGUGAUAAAAUUGUGUGAAUGGGAGCUCCAAAGCAAAAGUGGACACCAGAAGAAGAAACAGCUCUUAAAGCUGGAGUACUUAAACAUGGAACUGGUAAAUGGCGUACCAUUCUAUCAGAUCCUGAGUAUAGCUCAAUUUUGAAGUCUCGUUCCAAUGUGGAUCUCAAGGACAAAUGGAGGAAUAUAAGUGUAACAGCUUUGUGGGGAUCUAGGAAGAAGGCUAAGCUUGCUCUUAAAAGAACUCCUUUGUCGGGUUCUAGGCAAGACGAUAACGCUACAGCUAUUACCAUUGUGUCUUUAGCUAAUGGUGAUGGAGGAGGACAACAGAUUUAUGCACCAUCUCCUCCUGCAGGUUCUUGUGAACCACCAAGACCUUCUACAAGUGUGGAUAAGAUUAUAUUGGAGGCCAUUACCAACUUGAAGAGACCGUUUGGUCCUGAUGGAAAGUCGAUCUUGAUGUAUAUAGAGGAGAAUUUCAAGAUGCAACCGGAUAUGAAACGGCUUGUGACGUCAAGACUAAAGUAUUUGACAAAUGUUGGAACAUUAGUUAAGAAAAAGCACAAAUACAGGAUUUCUCCGAAUUAUAUGGCUGAAGCAGCAAGACAAAGGUCUCCUCAACUCUUAUUGGAAGGAAACAAGGAAAAUACUCCGAAACCCGAGGAGAAUGGCGUCAAAAAUCUUAUGAUAAUGGGUAUGACAGAAAAAGAAGCUGCUGCAGCCGCGGCAAGAGCCGUGGCAGAAGCAGAAUGUGCAAUCGCAGAAGCUGAAGAAGCAGCAAGAGAGGCAGAUGAAGCAGAAGCCAAAGCUGAAGCUGCCCAUAUUUUUGCAAAAGCAGCGAUGAAAUCUUUGAAGUAUAGGAUGCAUAGCCAAACUCGGUAAGAAUUAAGAAAAAUCGUUGAUGUUGUAUCGGUUGAUAUUAUCGUUUUGAUAUAUCUUCAUCUAAAGCAAUAUUUUAUAAUCGCUGCAGUGUUUUUGUUCAGUAACAGUGUCUUCUAACUCAGAUAAUCAUGUAAAACCUGUUCCUUUUCUUGUUUCUGUUGAUCUGGUUUUGUUAGUAACUUUUUAGGUUUUCUUGCGACUGACUUUGAAACUGGUUUGAAGAGAUAUAAAUAAAGCCUUUGAUUGUAC